AUUGGUGGUAGUUCUGUGUUACUAUGGACUGGGACUGUCCAGUGAGCCAGGGGCACUGGAGAAGUCUGUGUAAGUAUUGGUGGUAGUUCUGUGUUACUAUGGACUGGGACUGUCCAGUGAGCCAGGGGCACUGGAGAAGUCUGUGAUGUGGCAGGACUAUGUGAAGGCGCGGAUCAGGGACACCUACAUGUACUUCGGCGGGGGGAUCGUGGUGACGGCAGCGACGGCCGCCGCGGUCUUCAGGAGCCCCGCCAUGCUCAACCUGGUCGCUAAGAACUCCUGGCUGGCCAUCGGAGCCACUUUCGCAGCGAUCAUCGGAACCAACAUGAUCACCCACUCCAUUCCCUACUCCCCCGGCUUCGGGGCUAAGCAGCUGGCCUGGCUGACACACGCGGCAGUGAUGGGGGCCGUGGUCGCGCCGCUGUGUUUCAUCGGAGGACCCAUCCUCAUGCGAGCUGCCUGGUACACUGCUGGGAUCGUGGGAGGUCUGUCAGCUGUUGCGGUGUGUGCUCCCAGUGAGAAGUUCCUGAACAUGGGCGGACCAUUGGCCAUCGGGUUGGGUGUUGUCUUCAUGGCUUCCAUUGGUUAG